AUGUUAAACAUUGCCAACACCAUCAGAAGCACCCUGCUCCGUUCUAAAACCCGAAACGUCCGAACCCUGGCGGCAACAGUGAAUCCCGCCGAGCAACAGCAGGUUCAAGCCGUCCUACCCGAUAAGCUCUAUAGCUCCAUUGAAAUCGAGUAUCGUGGACACGACAAGGCCGUGCUGAAGUCCUAUACGACGUUUUUGCAGCAAGUCUGCAAACAUCUGGAAAUUCCUCAAGGCCGUCUAGAAGUGCUACCGUACAUCAGAUGGGUUCAACCGGCGCUCCGCUCGAAAUUCGUCCAUAAAAAGUACAAAUUGCACUAUGAGACGAGAACGCAUAUCACAAAGCUUGAAAUUCUCAACGUAACCGGCUCCACAGCGUCGACAUUCCUCGAGUACAUCGAGCGGAACAUUCCAGAAGGCGUCGGCAUGCGCGUCGGCUUCACCGAGCUUCAACCCCUCCCGCUGACCAUUCAAAAUUAG